UCAGAUAUAGAUAAAUAAAAUGUGCGAUUCAGAUCAUUCUUAUUUAACAUAUUCAACAAUAAUAAUUCUCUUUUUGGCAUAAGGAUUAUCGAGUACUUAUUUAUAAAUAUGUAUUUUUAGGUUUACCGGAGUAUAUGUACAGUGAAUGGUUAACACAAGGAAGCAGCAACAUGUCGCCUAAUGGUCAAAGAAUACCACCUAGUGGUCAGACAAUUCCAUCUUAUGGUCAGACCAUUCCACCUGUGAAUGUCCCAACAAAGAGGAAACAAACUGGUAAAAGACCAAGUUGCCAAAUCUGCCUAAGGACAUUCCAGACCAAUCAGAACCUGAAGGUCCACAUGAAUAUUCAUACGGGAGCAAAACCGUUCAAGUGUGAUUCCUGUGAGGAGGCAUUUCCUCACCACUACAGUUUAACACUGCAUAAGAAGAACAGACACAAUAAGAAUAAAUGAUGGCAGUUUUAAGACUUAAAUAAUUUUGGAAAAUAUUAAUUUAAAUAACUUAAAACUUCAAAGACUACAUCUGUGAAUGAUAAUGUCAAUGUGUGGUACUUUGUAAGGACAGACAUAAUAAUGAUAAGGUUUCAACUAAUGAAGAACAAAGAAGUUCUGAACACUCAUUUAGCAUGAAUAAUGAAGACCUCAUCUUCUCAACAUAAGGGAACAUAAAUCUUAUUACCACACACCUCGUGGU